AUGGGCGCCAGAUCCCUUGUCAGGCUUCUGGGACCCAGGUCCUGUGGGGCCUUGGCGCUAGCAGGCUUGGCUCCCCAGAAUCUGCUGCACUUUGGCUACUUUGCCCUUAGUGGCAGCCCUGUGGAUCUUUCUGACAUCUUUGCUUCGGAUAUGGUACUGGGCCUGGAAGUUGACUCCCUGGCAGUAGUCCUCCACGUUAGCCUCGUCCUCCUCCCAAACUUUGCAAAGUCGGCCCGCGUCCCCGCCGCGACUCGGCUCGGAGGCUCGCCUCGCAGCUGCAGCGGCCCCGCAAGGAGGAGGAGCCGCCGCUGCAGCAUCAAAGAGCCCGAAUUCCCGCGGCCUGGGGGGAGUCAUGCUCUGCGGUCUGUAAAGUCAGCAGAACAGGAGAAGGAUCCCAUUUCGCUGAAGAGAGUUCGCGGUGGAGACGGUGGGCUGGAUGGGUUAGGAGGUCCAGGCAUACAACUGGGAAGCCCAGAUAGGAAAAAACGCAAGACAAAUACACAGGGGCCUUCUUUUCCUUCCCUGUCUGAGGGUGCUCCACCGCCGAGUCCAAACUCGGACCAUCUAGUGGCUGCUAAUCCGUUUGAUGACAACUAUAAUACUAUUUCCUAUAAACCACUACCCUCGUCAAGUCCUUGUCUUGGCCCGGGCCCUCCUGGCUUUGGAGGCCAUAGCACCUUCAGGGAGCCGCCUCACAUUCCUCCAAGAAUGUCUUCCCCCCACUGCGGUCCUCACUCACUCAGGAAUCAGCCACACCCACUCCCCCAGAAUCCUUCGGGCAUGGGCUUUAAUCGACCUCAUGCUUUUAACUUUGGGCCACACGAUAAUUCAAGUUUUGGAAAUCCAUCUUAUAAUAAUGCACUAAGUCAGAAUGUUAACAUGCCUAAUCAACAUUUUAGACAAAAUCCUGCUGAAAACUUCAAUCAGAUCCCUCCACAGAAUGCUAGCCAAGUAACUAACCCUGACUUGGCGUCUAACUUUGUCCCUGGAAAUAAUUCAAAUUUUACUUCUCCAUUAGAACCUAAUCAUUCUUUUAUUCCUCCCCCAAACACUUCUAGUCAAGCAAAAGCACCACCCCAAAAACAAGGCUUUAGUCAAGGAGCAACCAAAUACACUCAUCAAAAUUCCUCUGCUCAUCCACCUCACUUAAAUAUGGAUGACACAGUGAAUCAGAGUAAUAUCGAAUUAAAUAAUGUCAAUCGAAACAAUGCAGUAAAUCAAGAAAAUAGCCGUUCAAGUAGCACUGAAGCUACAAACAACAGCCAUUCAAAUGGAACACAGAAUAAGCCACGACAACCUAGAGCUACAGCAGAUGCACGCGCCACUGAGAAAGGCAAUAAACCCUCUCUCCACCCAAGCCGUCGUGGCCGUUCUUCUUCUGACCCAGUGUAUCCUUGUGGAAUUUGUACAAAUGAAGUGAAUGAUGACCAGGAUGCCAUCUUAUGUGAAGCCUCUUGUCAGAAAUGGUUUCACCGGAUCUGCACUGGAAUGACUGAAGCAGCUUACGGCCUCCUGACUGCAGAGGCGUCAGCAGUGUGGGGCUGUGAUACUUGUGUGGCUGACGACGAUGUCCAGUUAAGGCGCACUAGAGAGACUUCUGGUCCACCUGCAGUGGGCAGUGGUGCGUCAUCACAGGCAUUAACUGUAGUGAGGUCUUUUCCUGCAUAUUACAAAAAUAAAUGA